AUGUGGCCCUCUCCCAAAGCUGCUUACCUCCUUCUGUUGGCCCGCUCGGCUCUCGUCGGCGCGUCCCCUGUCGAGCUUGAAGAGCGUCAGUCAUGCCCUUCCAUCCACGUCUUCGGUGCUCGUGAGACCACGGUCUCCCCCGGAUUUGGUACCGCUGGCGUCGUUGUCAACCUCAUCCUCCAGGCCUAUCCAGGUGCCACCUCCGAGGCCAUCGUCUACCCAGCCUGUGGUGGCCAGUCCUCUUGCGGCGGCGUCCAGUACGGCGAUUCCGCCAGACAGGGCACCGACGCUGUUGCCACGGCUGUCAACAGUCUCAAUGCUCGCUGCCCCGACACCCAGAUUGUUCUUGUCGGAUAUUCUCAGGGUGGUCAAAUCAUGGACAAUGCCGUCUGCGGUGGACCUGACAGCGGUGCUGGUAUCACCACCAGCACCCCUGGCAUCAACGCCAGCGCCCUUAACCAGGUCAAGGCCGUUAUCAUGAUGGGUAACCCCCGUUAUCGCGCUGGUCUCUCAUACAAUGUGGGGACCUGCACUGCUUAUGGCUUCGACCCCCGCCCUGCCGGCUACACCUGUGCCUCCGCCUCCAAGCUCCAGAACUACUGUGACUCGCCCGACCCGUACUGCUGCACGGGUAACGACGCAGCCACCCAUCAAGGCUACGGCUCCAAGUACGGCCAGCAGGCCCUUGCUUUUGUCAAGUCCAAGCUCAGCAGCGGCGGCGGCGGCGGCGGAAGUACUCCUACCAACCCUAGCAACCCUUCCACCCCUACAACCCCUAGCACAGGGAACUGCGCGGCCAAGUGGGGCCAGUGCGGUGGACAGGGCUGGACGGGCGCCACCUGCUGCCAGUCUGGGUCGACUUGCCAGGCUGCUAACCAAUGGUACUCCCAGUGCGUCUAA